GUCUGCGCCCUUCGGAAAGGUGGUAAAGGAGCAACCUUUUUAUAUCUGGCCUAAAUUAAGACCGAUUUGAAUGUUUUAAUACCAUUCGCGACUUGAAGCCGCUUCUUUAUAGCAACUCUAUCUGACUGUACAUUUUGUCCUUUCCUCUGCUUUCACAUCCCACAGUUACCCUUUGUGAAUGGUUAGUAAAUGUAAUAGUACAUUUCUACCCCAGAAUAUAUAAAUAUUUCGACCUUAAGUGCUUUAAAGAGCCCCGCAGGUUUCAGAAUUACUCGAUUUUUAGUUUCAGUUAUAUGAUAGUUUUCUGUUGAAAUAAUAAGCGACAGUGAAUGUUAUUUGCAUGUAGGUAAACCUAUAAAAGAUGAAUGUUAUCUAAUGCACAGGAUUGUUUUGUGUAAUGCUUUCAUCUAUGCUAAUCUGUUGGACAUAGAAGAUGCCUUUAAAUAUACAUGUUAUGUUUGUGGAAAAUAAGAUGAUGUAAACUUAUAAUAGUUUGCAGUAAAGUUUAGUGUAACUUUCUGAUCUGGUAAGAUGUGGUAGGAUGUAUUGGAGCCGAGGCCUUUCUGAAUCUGUUUAUGCUGCCACACAUUGAAUUUCAUUCACAGUCUUUUCAGUAUGGCUCACAGAAGAGCCUUAAACCACCUGGGCACAGUGAAGAAUUAUCUUGGUAGUCUGUUGGAUCCUGCCUUUCAAAAAACACCAAAUGUCAUCUACAGACAAAGUCGACCUAUUGGUUUCCAUGUCAGACUUAAUGGUCAUUUCACUAAUCACUGUGGGAAUACAAAAAGAACUUUACAUACCAGUGCACCAGUAUCGGUGGCCAAAUUACUAUCGCUGGAGGAGAUUUUUUCCAGGACAUCCCUGCAAGAGCACCUGAAAAAGAUGGAGGGGGAGUAUAGUGAAUGUUUAAAGGCAAUCAACAGCAGUGAGACAGAAAAGCGGCCCAGUGAGGAAGAACUGAGAGCCAAGAGGACCAAAGUGUCUCUGCUGAGUCCUCUGGUGCACAGUGUCGGAGAGUUGAAGACUAAAGAAAAAGAGAUGGCCGAAACAGAAAUGCUGCUGAAAGAUGAAGACCAAGCCCUCCGAGAACUGGCUGAGCUGGAGAGAGAAGCCUGUAUGCAAGAUAUUCAAACUCUCAAACAAAAGAUCCUAGACUUGUUGAUCCCCGAGGAGGAAACUGACCUGAGUGAUCUCGUGCUGGAAGUCACGGCUGGUGUCGGGGGUCAGGAGGCCAUGCUUUUUACUGCUGAGGUUUUUGACAUGUACCAGGGCUUUGCUCAGUACCACGACUGGUCAUUUGAGAUCCUGGAGUACAUGACCAGUGAAAUAGGAGGAGUACGGCACGCUUCAGCUAGUUUAAGUGGCCCUCAGAGCUACAAGAGGAUGAAGUUUGAGGCUGGAGUCCAUCGGGUCCAGAGGGUUCCCAAGACUGAGAAACAAGGCCGGAUGCACACCAGCACCAUGACUGUAGCUGUACUUCCACAACCCACUGAGAUCUCUUUUACAAUAAACCCUAAGGACCUGAGGAUUGAGACUAAGAGGGCGAGUGGAGCUGGAGGUCAACAUGUCAACACAACAGACAGUGCAGUCAGAAUAGUCCAUCUGCCUACAGGUGUGGUUGCAGAGUGUCAGCAGGAGCGUUCUCAGCUGAAGAACAAGGAGAAAGCCAUGAAGGCCCUUAGAGCCAAACUGUAUAGCAUGAAACUGGAAGAAGAGACCAGCAAACGCUACAACCAGCGUAAAAUACAGAUUGGCACCAAAGGCAGAUCAGAGAAGAUCCGGACCUACAACUUUGCCCAGGAUCGUAUAACAGAUCACCGGAUUGGCUUGACAGUCCAUGAUACUGAGAGCUUUCUGCUGGGAGAGGAGCUGCUGGAUGAGAUGAACUCUUCUCUGCAGGACUUUUCUAAUCAGGAGACACUCUUGGAACUAUUGGGAGAAAACCAGGAGGCAUACUGAGAUUGGCUCUCAUUAGAGUGGAUUAUUGACAUUAAAUAUAUAUUCUAAUACUGGUCACAUCUAGUCUCUUAAUUCAAUGGUGGAAAACUGCAAGAGACAGACUAUGAUGGAUCGUACAGGUGAUUAAGUCAUAAUUAAUGAGAAUAAAUGAAUAAACUCCAACUGCACAGACCUCUGAAAAAACCAAAAGUCCACUCUUGUUCAUGUUGCUCAGUAUUAUUCAGCCAUAACCAAACCACAAGCAGCUUUGGAAAUCAUUACUGAACCACUGUAAUGUGGUGCUGGCAUGUGUCGUCUGCUUCUUCCUUGUAUCUUAAAGGAUCCUCAAUUCAUUUUCUUUCUGGAGGUUGUAACAGACAGAUGUUUUGUUGAUCCCAAUUCCCUUAGUAGCAACCCUGUGUACCUCUCUCCAUGAAACACAAAUAUGACUGUCUUCUCAUCGUACACGUCUAUCAUUUGAGUAAAUGCUGAAUUCUUAGAUAGUAUUAUUUCUGUGAUUAUUUGUCCAUUCAUUUGAACAAAAAACAAUGAAGAUAGGCAGGUUUGUACUCAAUUUAUACAUAAAUAUCGCUUAAAUAUUCUAGUUAAUAUUCCAGCCUCUGAAAUUGCUUUUGAAAUUAAUAGUUACUUCAAAAAGAGAUCCAUGCACAAACUGGUUGCUUUUAACGACUCAAUCAGGAUACUGCUGAGAGUCCCAAGACAUUAUACUGCAAGUCAGAUGUUUGUGGAUUGUGAUGUUCGAUGAUGUGCGGCUGCUAUACGGCAUUUUAUUUAUUCAUUCAUGUGCAGAGUUACAAAAUUAUCAAACUCAAUUGUACAAGCCCUGGUCUGUCCCAAGAUUACUUCUGUGAGGCUUACAUCUAAAAUGUGGUCUCACUGACGAUUGAGCCUUUAUGAAUAAGCGACAUAUGGAUUUAUACUGUUUCUUUUUUUCUCUCCUUUUUUGUUUUAUCCUAAGGACCAAGUUUUGUGUCCUUAAUAAAGCUUAAAUGAAUAAACUUGAAAAAAACUAUAUACUAAAAAAAUGCAGUAGUAUAAAGUGACUAAAGUAAAUGUCUAUUUACACUACAAACAAAAAGUUAAGGAUAUUUUUAAUUUUCUGGCUAUUUUUUUCAGAUAGGAUUCUUGCCCAGUGCUUGUAAGAGCCAAAACAUGAUGGCUAAUAGGAAUUAAUGUUUAUAAGUUUAUUUGUGUGAAGUUGCAAAUUUCUGAUUUUCAUUGUUGCCAUUUAAUGCACCAUCACUGUGUAUGUGUGUCUUAUGGCCUCACUGCUGUAAGAAAAAAGAGCUUACGGAGCUUAUGAGUAUAUA